GAUACUGAUGAAUGCGCAAACCAUGACCAUGAUUGUGGUAAUGAUGCGGUCUGCUACAAUACAUAUGGCUCAUUCACAUGCAGCUGUAUUCAGGGAUACAAAGGAAAUGGCAGACAGUGUGAUGGUACACAAAUGACUUUAUUAUCAUGCUAAUAUAUGUUUAACUCCAAGGCCUGACUACGUUCCAUCCUUUUAUUCAAGAAAAAUACUGAAAGACAUGAAUGAUUGUUUAACAUUUUUUAUAGUCAGUUCAUGAAAAGCAACUAAAUUGCCUAAACAAUUUAUCGUUUGUUUAGAUGAGAAUGAAUGUAAAGCUGGGACACACAGCUGUGAUGCAAACGCUCAGUGCAGCAACACGAUUGGUUCCUUUACUUGUACUUGUCUAAAAGGAUUCUCAGGAAAUGGAUUAGUUUGUUCUGGUAAGUUUUUAUUCAGUGAUUUAGACUAACUAACUUGCGUUACCGUAUUUACUCGAUUAAACGCAGCUCUCGAUUUAACGCCAGCGCCAAAUCAUUAUUGAGGAUUAUAAGAACAAAACUCGGCGCAACCUCGUAAUCUACACUGUCCAGACACAUUAAGAUCCUGUUUCAGCAAGAAGCGAGGAAUGGCAGCUUAAAACGUUUUCCUAUUUUACAUAAUACUUACAAAUAAUUUAUCGUAAUUGUAUGUCAAUGGUUUGAGAAAUAUGAUUUUGAAAUAGAAGCGGCCUCCGAAUGGGCCGCCCAUGAAUAAAUACGGUAGGUCAACAACAUGAAUAGACUGAAAUGUCAUCAACUUCAUAUGUGUUUAAUUAAAAAAAUGCGAAUAAUUUCUUUUUAUCCCUAGCUAGUCACCUUGAAGGGUAGGGAAAUUUACUUUUUUGUCACCCAAGUCCAUACGGUACUUAUACAAUACAAUCCUAAGUAAAUGCGGUAAUCACAUGUAUAUACGUGUAUGAAUAACCACCAUAUCAAUACAGCAGUGGUCUUUGGUUUUUCUUACUGCCUGCAGAUGUCGAUGAAUGCGCAAUGGCAACCCACAACUGUCAUGAACUGGCUGUCUGUAACAACACCGUAGGCUCCUUCAACUGCAGUUGUCGUAAUGGCUACACUGGGGAUGGUCUUGUUUGCAAACCCAUAGGUGAGCGGUAAAAAAAUGUAGUACACAAAAGAAACUUAUAUCUGUAGGUUUUAGUUGUCAUUAACUCAAAAUAAGAGUAUUUGACACUUACAAAACCAUUAACAAUCCAUAAUAAUUGAUUCUUUUUCUGGUUUAAUUUGGUCUCCGAUUUUGUGGUCAACAACAACAACAACAACAAAUUUUAUUGAAAAUUGGAAAAUAACUAAUUACAUUACUUUCCCACCCGCAAAUAGCUUAUAAACUAAUCGAGGCGGGGGGAGCUGAAGACAUAUUACAAAACAAGAUUUAUAUAUAGAUGGGCUAAAUAACGGUGAAGACACUACUAUACAGUAAAUAGAAUUUAAACUAACAUAAAACAAGGCAAGUACAUAACGAUUACGAAGAGAGGCUAACCUAAAGUAUUAAAUAACUUCUCUGCUAUGUCACUGCGUUCCGCCGCAGAGAAAACGUUUAAGUUCUAAUAAGCAGAAAGGCAACAAUACGUUGAAAUAGGAAGGACACGACCAGUUGUGUUUAUUGGGGACGAGAAAAAACUAACGUACAAGAAAUAAAGUAGUGGCGGAGAAAAACGAAUUACAUCACUGUAAACUACGAGACUAAACGUAAACAGCAUACUAGAAAAAUUAAGCUCGGCAAGGUGCGAGCGGUAAAACUGGCUGUGUCGAGUGACUAACGCGAGAGGAGACAAGGCUUAAAUACCGAGAUGUGACGUAAAAUCCCUAGAGGAUCAAACUGCGGCCAUAAAUGCAAAUUCCGAACAUAAACACAUUUAAUAAGACGUUAACGUUGAAACUUUAGAUUUGAGAUCGUUAUUUUCUCAACCUAAGUGUUAUAUUUAAAUUACUGUUAGUAUUAAGAAUGACCAGAAAUACAUAGUUUUACCGUUUGAAAUAAUUCCUUAAUGUAGUCUUUGAUCUGAUUAUCAAAUAAAGUGAUACACAUGUUCUCAUACCUAUAUCGCUUAGAAACUGCGCUGUACAUGUAUUCCCAGGGAAUGCAACUUUUUUUUAGAAUAAAUGUUGAAUCGCAAUAAAAUUAUCUCAAGGGGUCAACUCGUUCUUAACAAAGAGGUUAGAAAUGUAAAAAGGUGUGAUUUAAGAAAUACACCAGGAAGUAGCACUCACUAGCCUCACUAAAGUCAUAAUGUAUGCGUUUUUAAACUUAUUUUCUUACUCUCACAGGAGACUUUACAGUAACCAUCGUAGGUAUUUCCAAGGACAAAAAUAAUGCCACCAUUAUCGAGCGAUCAUUGAAAAGUGUUCAGCAAGCGGUAAUUGAAGGUUUUCCAGAAGAUGUUCCAGUACUGGAAAGUUUGUUGCAAUGGUAUCUGGUGAGUGAAGCUGAAUUAGCAGCCUCAGAGUCAGCAGGGGGAACUUUAGAAAGUCAAGGAAGCACCGAGUGGCAAAUAGGCCGGAGGUCCAUACCUGCAGGAAUUUACCAAGUCAGGUUUACUGCCUCCUUUAAGGUCGGUGAUUCAGCGGCGCCGAGGUCUGUUCAGGCAUUUAACUAUGGUUUUAUUGAAGUCAUUCCUGGUCCUCUACGAGCAAUCAUUGACGGAGGAAGCAGUGUUCGCUGGGGAUCACCAGAAACUGUUACAGUGGAUGGCUCACUAAGCUACGACGGAGACAUUGGCCCUGGUAAUCACACUGGCGUUGGUUUUGUUUGGUCCUGUAGAGAAAAAAAUGAAGAGUAUACUGUUAGCAAUGACUGCUUUGGUGCGUUUGUUGACGGAGCAAAAACCGUCACCGUUCGUAUUGAUACUGGAAAACUUACCUUCGGGAAGACUUAUGUGCUAAGAUUAAACCUGUCCAAAGACGUGAGGAGUUCCUUUACGGAGAUGUCAUUUGAGAUAGCAGUGGGCAAGAUACCUCAAGUGAAACUGAGGUAAAUGUUACAACUGUAUAACACCAUGAGUUAUACAAAUAAUGCGAGGAUUUCUUUGUGUACAUUUUAAUACAUAACGUUGACAUUUUGGGAAAAAUGUUCUUAAAAAGAAGCUCGUUGUGUGUGAGUGUCAAAUUUCACUAAAUGACACGUUGCACAUGAAAUUUUCAGAAUUUCACCUGUUUCACAAUUUUUGUGAAAUUUGACAUUCAUUUUCUCGGGCUCCCAUAAGAAAUUUUCUUUGGUGUUACUACAGGUAACUAAUUACAAUUAUAGCCCUUGAAAAAUGUAAAAGAGAAUGCAAUAUUUUUGAAAUUAUUCUGGUAGAAGGGUUUUGUCCGCAGAAAAUUAAAAUUAUUCAAUUUCCUGGUGGAUUCCAUCCUAUAAACAUACAUAUUUUCCCUGGAUGAAGGAAGUUUUUGUUGGUUACGACAACUAGUGUUUAUUGGAAUUGAUAACGAGACCGUAAAAAAUGAAGUAAAACAAUAAAUAAUAAUAAUAAUAAUAAUAAUAACAACAAUAAUAAUAAUAAUAAUAAUAAUAAUAGUAAAAAACGGCAAUAAACCAAUGGCUUUUUUUAUUUGCUUCAAAUAUAGGUGCUUUGUUGAUUGUGGAGCCAUAGUUUCGGCCUCCAGUAAGCUUAGAUUGACGUCAGAAUGCUCCAGUGCACCUUGUAAUGGCUCCGUUUAUGAAUGGCACUUACAAAAGUUGAAUGAUGUCAAGAACACAUGGGAAGAGGCAACUAUUUUGCCAAACAUGACUUCAACAGGAUUAAAUGCUAGUAACAUUAUCAUCAAGGCAAAUGUGUUACCCUCAAGCACAAAAUUUACGUUGAGGCUGAUCGUAACGUCGCAAACGGGAUCCCAAGGACUCGGAGCGCUACAGUUUGAAACUGCUGGAGAGCCGCACGGCGGUUACUGUUCUCCAUCGGUCAGAGAAGGUGUGGCACUUGAGACAGAAUUCAUUUUUGAGUGUUUUAAUUGGGAAGAUAAAAGUAAACCUUUAAGCUAUGAAUUUCGUGUUGGGGAUGAUCCAUUUUCUUAUGGCAGCUCUCCGAGGUCUGUUUCAACAGUUUUGUCAAGUGGGAAAACAAAAGAUGAUCACAAAGUGGAAAUAAAGAUCAUAAUUAAAAAUUUUGUUGGUGUAACGGUUACAGAGACACUGUUUGUUAAGGUAAUCAUACUGUUUUCUAGUAUGUAUGUUUUGCUUUACUUGUUAAUAUCUAUUGGCCUUCUGUACAGGUGCUCAGGGCCUUGUACUCCAAAUCGUCCCUCACUGUGGAACCCUUUGCUGUAACGUGGAUCGUUUUUGCAGUACUGCUCUCUCGGUUCAUAAGAAUUACGUUCUAUUCAAACAAAAUUUGAUAUCUGGAAAUGCUUCUUUCCCUUAACAAAGUUCUUACAACAGAAAGUCUGGAAACAACUGAAGCAUACAGAACCUGUAUAUCUGCAGCUGACAAGGGAGAAGGCCAGGUGGUGAUCCUCCUCUAUGUUAAGAGUAUAACAGAAACUUUGAGGAGAAUUCUGCGAGACACAUUUUUACUGUCGAGUGAAAUCGGUGUCAACUUAAUCAGAUCGAUAAUUGAGGAGAUGUUCCCAAUUUCAAGACAAUGUGGAGAUAUUUAUUUAUUUCCACCUAAGGAAAUGUUUCAUCCCGAAGCAGUCGCAUAUAUUUUGGCAGCAUCACCACGAAUAGUUAAAACUUAACCGGCUUUUACAUUUCACUCCAACCAACAAAGCCGUGAAUGAACGCCAGUCUGUUUUAAAAUUAGAACGGCCGAAGAAAAUUUAGUAUUUUAACAUCUUCUGGGUCAGAUACAAUAUAUAAUCUUUUUAGAGUUUUAUACCUGAACACUACGCGCUUAAACACUGUAAUUUCCUUUUAAUUGUUGACUAUAGGUCACGCCGUCUGACAAAUUUAAUCCAUGCCUUACACCAGUCGAAGACGUUGCUAGUGGACUUACAAACCUUGUAAUUAGGGAAAGCAGUGAAUUGAAUGAACUAUUGAAAAAAGGAAAUAUCAGCCAGGCCGCACAGUUUGCCUCUUCUGUCAUGAGAACUGCAAAUGAGAAAACAGAUUGUGGACAAGGAUUAAGUAAAAAUGUUACAGCAGCGGUAAGAAAUUAUAAAGUAAAAGCAUUUACCUGACACUGGCGUUUUUUUUUUUUUAGAGGAAAAGGAUAGAAUUUCGAAAGAAUGAGUACGAAGGCUUUUUCUUUGUUUCUAUUCAAAUAAGAAAAAAUUGUUUUCAAGCUCCCAUUAACUUACCAUAGACUGUUGCAGGCCCCAAGAUAGUAGUGCAGUAGUGCAGUAAAAAAGAGAUCACCAACGCCCUCUUCCUCACAUUGCUCACGUCUUAUCUUCACUUGGCUUGCUUUUGUUUUUUUUCGUUACGUCCCUUCUACGUGAGAGCCAGUCACACGCUAUCAUUAACUGUACGAGGGAUAAAGAAUGCAAAUCUCUUUCAGUUGUUCAGAAAAAAAAGUUCGUAUUUCAAACGGAAAAUUUAUUUCGAAAUAACAUGAUUUUUAAUGGCUUUUUUGUGUGUUCUUAAAACAGAUUUCAGGUCAACUUCUAGAAAAAAUCACAGCAAUAAAGCCUGAAACUCUUCAGAUGUCUCAAUCGAUUAUGGCAGUUGUCAUAGAAGCGACUGAAGAUCAAUGGAAGCAAACAUGUGACAAUUGCGAAGACGUAAUGGUACUAAACUUAUGUUCAUUCAUGUGUAUAUGUAGUUAUUAAACUAUCAGCACAUCAAAUGUUUACGAUCGAACAUCAGUGCAUUUUUCUUUCUUUAUUUUUUCUCGCUUUUGGGUAAAAAAAAAUGAAACUUUUUAUCUGAACAUUUCUCUUAUUUUGAAGGGGAUGACAAUUAACGUGACAGACUCUGCAAUAAAGUUAAUGUUAAGUGCUUUAAGUGACGAAGAGGAGCCUUUUAAUGCCGAAAUAGCAGAAACGGCGACAAGGAUCACAAGUUGUCUCGACAACGUUCUUCUCUCGGCAUCCGCACAGUCGCUAGACUCUCCAUCAUUGGCCAAGGUACUAAUCAUAGUAGCUAAUCGUAAGCAGUCACAAAGAGAAGUUUGGGGGGGGGGGGGUGAGCAGUGACAAAAUUAACUUCAUGAGACAGAAUAUUGAAUGCAGUUCGGGGCUGCAAAUAACAGUCGGUCAUCGGACAUUGGCCGACCAAAAUUUGCCAGUGUCUGACAAAAUCCCACCUGUGUUUGGACAUCUCAAAGCUCACGAAACAACAUUGACUUGGUUGUGAAGUUUUCUUUUACAUCAGUGUGGUAUGUCCUUUAUUUCACCCGAUAUAAAUUUCAACCUUUUUUUGAGAUGUCCGACCAAAAUUUUGUUGUGUCCGACCAACAUGGUGCAGUCCUGGUCCGAUUUUAACACCCAAAUUUAUUUCUUUGUUGUAUACCCCCUGCAAAGCAUAAAAAAUGGCAUUGAGAAACUGAGUGAAAAGGGAAAUGGUUUUGCUAGAAAAAUUGUUUCCUCUUAUAUCUACAACCUGCUUAAGAGCCAUUUUCUGAGAAAAUCGAGAAUCGCAAGACACUCGUCAAAAAAUCGAAUUUUUUAUUAUUUUGCCAAAACAUCCCUUUUAGUGACCUAAUUUAAGGAAAAUAGUUUUGGGUUCAAACGAUUCAUUUUAAAGGAGAAAUUAAAAAAAGUUUGAAAAAUCGAUUUUAUUCCUGUUUUUCGAACAAAACACGGCAGGAUGCAAUGGCAACUCCGAGAGAAGGGUGAACGCGUAAGAAACAUUCCCUGACACUGAAACUUCACCGAAUUAUUAUUUUGUUCUUACUCUUGAAAACCUUAAAAGAAAAUUUGAAAAACAAUGUCUUAUAUUUUUAUAAUCGACAAGUCUAAAGAGGUCGUAUUUGUGACGUUAGACAUGCUAGAAAACGAAGGCCAACUUUGACUAUUAAAAAAGGCCUCUGGUAUAUGCCGCUUGAUCAUAAAAUCAAUAUAAAAUGGAACCUUGGCUUUUGUACUAACUUACUGGAAAGUUUUAGCUCUGGAAAUCAAAUACCAUUCUGACACCAAAGCAAGUGGUGAGAGCAAUUGAAUUGGGAAAUUUAUGCAAAUUAGACGGCUUGCGGACGGUUGUCAAACUAAAAGAAAGGUUUUACAUGAAAGGAUUACUCACCAUUGCUUGUAACACGUUUUUACGGCAAGGAAAGUUAUUUCCAACUUCUGUUGCGUCGGUUUGAGUCGCAAAAUCCAUAAUUUUAAGCCAAACGGUCCAAAAGACAAACGUACGUUUGCUCAGCGACUGCGCCAGAAUCUGGCGGUGAAUCGAAAUGAAGUCACAACACGUCACUGCGGUCCUUUUUAGUUAGAAGCAAGAGUUGCAAGAGUUUUUACUUCAGUCAGGAGGUCAAAAGAUUGAAAAUUCAUCGCAGACUAAUGACGUCGAUUUUGAAAGCCUUUCAUCACUUCAAUCGUUCGCCGGCUGAUAAUAAAUAUCGCACAAGAUCGUAUGACCUUUGGCGUGUGACCGGAAAUCGGUCACACGCUUAAGUCACGUUAGCAUACUGUCACGAAUUUUAAUACGAUUUUCACGUUUGCUUUCGACAAAAAAUAGACUCAUCGAAAAAAAAAUCAGGCCUGCUUUAUUUAUUUAUUCAUUUUUUUAAUUUUUUUAUAGCCUGCAGAACUUGUUUCCCAUGCAUCGCGCGUGUCUCGCACCCCCAGUCCGCUUCGCAGUGCUAGCGUGAAACUCCAACGUUAGCAUACUGUCACUUUUAAUACGAUUUUUCGCUUUCGACAAAAAAAUAGACUCAUCGAAAUAAAAUCAGCAAAAACUGAAAUUGACUCGUGUUCUGCAGUUGAUUUCUUUUAUGGACACCUUCUAGGCAUUUACAGGCUGUGAAAAAAGUGUAUUUUUUUAUUAUUAUUUUUUGAAGUGCUACAUCAUUUUCCUAUAAAUUUCAAACGUGACUGCUAAAAGACUGUUUGGAACCCAUGGAUGGAGAAAAGCUGUGCCGGAGAGAAGGUCAACCUCCCAGCCGAGCCAACUUUUGCGAGCGUUUAUAUGAGGAAAAAACUGACCACUUUGUCUGAGUCAACAGUGCUUACGCAUGCUGUCUUUGUCUAGCCUUGACCGUGUUGUCCCAGCUAGCUGGGCGAGCCAAAGUGGAGAAAUAUUAGCCGGGCUAGAAGGGUGAGGCCACCACUACCGGCUCAGUGGAGGGCUGACUUCCGGAAGCCCUCAACCCCGCCCACUACUGGUAGUAAGGCGUCUAUCCGAACCAACCUUUUGUUUCUCAUGUAAAUCGUUUACCAAGUUUUGUAAGGAAAUGGAGGAAAAGUUGGCUCGCCCAGGGUAGCUUGGGAGGUGAGUAAACACCAGAUAACCCCAAUAAUAAGCACAAACUUUGAUUGUCAGUUAGCCUGCGAACCGCAGACGCAUUUCCGCUCGUCGCUUUUCUCCCCCCGAAAAAUAUUUUUCGGAGGGAGAGAAGCGACGACCGGAAAUGCGUCUGCGGUUCGCAGGCUAAUUGUCAGUUAGAUGUCCACUAUUUUAGGUAAGCGACCUGGCAUGUGAUUGUCGCAUCCAUGCCCCCUUCCAGAUCCCCUUUAUUAUCGGUAAGCCUCUGAUAGGUCAAAGUAAUACAGUCGUACCUCCAGUAAGCGACCACCAAAAAUGCAAAGACUUAGUGGUCCCUAACGGGAGGUGGUCGUUUAGAAGAAUCAGACCACAUGGGGUCUAUUCCGAGAAGAGGUCUGGCAGGCACAUUCUAUUAAAUGGCGGUGUAACAAAUUCCUGGCAAAAUAUUAUCUUUUACCUCUUUUGACAAAUACAGCUUUUAAAUCAUGCUCAAUUUAAAGAGGGAUUCAGGUGAGUGAGAUAUAGAAUAGUCUAGAAUCACAACAGAAUCUUCACUUUGUUGGCUACAUCUACUAAGUUAGGAUAAGUGCGUGUGUUUCCACGAUGUCGCUAAAGGUCUUCAUAUUUUCUAAGGAACAUAGUGCACACAGCAAAAAUAGAGAGCAGAGAAUGCGUCAACUGGUCGCUUAUGGAAAACAAUUAACCGUGACGCCCAAAAAGUGGUCGCAGUCACUUACAGAAGGUGGUCGUUUACUGGAGGUUCCAACUGUAAGGCUUUGACUGGGAAAAUUUGGUCUUUUGGAUUGGCGGUCGCACAUGGAGGUUCGACUGUGUUAGGUCUAUUAGAGUAUAAGCCACCAUCACCUCACUGUGAGUGACGAGAGCCAGGAAAGUAUAGUAUACACUCCCUUAGGAUACACAGAAUCGUUGUUUUGAGGUCCCGUUUCGAGAAAUGAAUCAUUCACGGGAGGUGCUGAAGUCCCAUAGUGAAAUUUAUAAGGUUUAUGGGUUUUUAGUGCAAGACGAAACACAAUACUUAGGGCCCUGUUGUUCAAACGUUGAACAACAGGAAAUCACUAUCAAGCGAAUAAGAAGAAGCAAUUGCGUUACUUAUUGGAUAUAGAUUUAUCCAGGGGAAAGCGUUAGUCCCGCGGGCGUUAGUCAACUUUUCCUGAACAUACAGCCCCUCAGUCACUCUCCUCCGCAGACUUACCCUGGGCGACCAGGAUAGGGGAAUAUAAUACUCGACCUUCCUUACAUCAUCGCGAGAGCCUAUAGCCUUCACUUUCUUUUGGCUCGUCCUACAAUCCUACCCAACGUUCGUGGGACAGGAAGGUCUGCUUGCGAGGCUUGGGAAUCUAGGUAGACUAUGGUAGCAUGGUGCAAAUAGCCGGGAUGAGCUACUUUGUCCACCCAAGAGGAUUGGGUCUGCUAGAAGAAAUCAGGUGUAGCUUUCUGUGAUAAGUAAUAUUCCAACAGUAUAGGAUCAUAGUUUGAAGCCAUUUCACAAUCACUAGUUUCCGCGCACCUCUGCCGCCGAGUUGUGGACAAAAGCAGCUGAUAGCUGUAUGCGAACCGUUUUUCCACAAAAUGGUUUCUGGGUUUUCGUAUUCGACAGUGUCACGUAUUGAUUUUUUUAAUCUUAAUCGAGGUCUUUUUAAUUAUGUACUGUCUAUCUGACUGACUGUUUCUUUGUGUUUUUUUUUUUAAUAAUACAGGUUUCAUAAUUUGGUCGUGGUUGGGGUUAUAGGCUCUGAUCGUGAGCAAAUAGCGAAAAAAAUCAACAAGCAAAACCAAAGUAAACUAUAGCGUUGAAUCCGUUGGCCACGGAGAAUUGGUAUUAUUCUGCAAGUUCUUUACUACAGCAAGAGAGUAUACUCCCUUGACUAUGGGACAUUGGGCCGGGGAACUUAGUAUUUUGACCCGGCAUAGGGGAGAGGGGAGGGACGGUGUACUCUGGCCAGAUUCAAGUCACGGGAUGAUCGAAGUAUGUUUUUUUUUUGGUUUGAAAAUAUUUUGAACAAAUUUUUUUUUUUUUUUUAGCUGUGGCUUUUGCUUAAGUAUUCAAAAUAUUCGUUCUUUUUUGGUCUUAAUUUUCGCUUCCACGGAUCACUCACGAUGGAAUCCACGACACAAAGGCAAAAAGCUGUUUCAAAGCCUGUAGGUAAAUAAAAGAAAAAUAAAUCUGCCCUUUGUACUGCGAUGAGAGGAUUUCUUGUCAAAAAAAUGUGAAAACUGUACUGACUAAAGCGUGUGACCAAUUUCCGGUCAAAACGAUCUUAUGCGAUGUUUAUUAUCAGCCGACGAACGAUUGAAGUGAUGAAAGGUUUUGAAAAUCGAAAAAUUUGCGAAAUUUUUAUUCCUUUGCCUCCUGACUGGUAAAACUCUUGUUUGCUUCGACGUAGACUUUAUUUCGAUUCACGAUUCGGACGCAGUUGCUGAGCAAACGUACGUUUGUCUUUUCAAAAAUAUAUUUUGUGAAAAACGACGCAAAAAAGUUGUUAAAAAAAACGUUGCAAUGGUGAGUAAUCCUUUUUUGAGAUGUCCGACCAAAAUUUUGUUGUGUCCGACCAACAUGGUGCAGUCCUGGUCCGAUUUGAAAAAUCGAAGUCAUUAACAAUUUUUAUUCCAAAUUUAUUUCUUUGUUGUAUACCCCUUGAUUUUAUGAUCAAACCAGAGGCCUUUUUAUAAAAAAAUAUGGCAUUAUAAAAAUGAAAGCAUUGUUUAAAAUUUUCUUUUAGGAUUUUCAAGAGUAAGAACAAAAUAAUAAUUCGGUGAAAUGUCAGGGAAUGUUUCUUAAAUGGUUUUUUGCUAGAAAAAAUUGUUUUCCUAAUUUCUCCUUUAAAAUGAAUCGUUUGAGCUUAUAUCUAAAAGGAUGUUUUGGCAAAAUAACCUUCGAUUUUUGACGAGUGUCUUGCUGAUAAUGAAAAAAAAAAAAAAGAUUGCAAAAGUUUAAUAUUUUGUUUGGACAAAGUUCCACCCUAUCCAUUAAUUUUUUGUUUACUUAAUAUGUGAUGGACUUGUUCGAAAAACAGGUACUAUAGAACCAAACAGAAUGGUGGGAGGACUUUGAUAAUGCACAUUACUGCAAAGGUUUUCAAAUCUGCGACUAGUUGUUAUCAAAUGAAAAUUGCCGUUAUUGCAAGACUGAAUUUGUAACUUACGAUAUGCAAGUAUGUCCUACUGGCGUUGGCUAUGCAUAGCUUGGAAUUUUUUUCUUGUUUACAAGGAAUGUAACAAACGUAAAAAAAGUUUCCUGCCUACACGCUAAAUUGCUUUUAAAAGACGAUUCUUCAGAUUACUUAUCACACACCCAGUUUUUUAAGAUGUCAUUUCAUUUUCGUAUUGCAGGAGUACGUGCUAAGGGCUUCAGAAAACUUGAAUGCUAUGGUCGAUGGCCUUUUUGCUCGACUUGUUCCAUCCGAAAAUAUGGUAGUUGCAAGUGAAAAUCUCACUGUAUCUCUAGCGAAGGUUUCUUCCCAAGAAAUCAAUGGAAUUUCUUUAGAAGAAGGACAAACAAGGUUCCAGCUUCCACGAAACCUUGGAUAUGUUGGUGUGGGAAACUUAAAUGCAAUGGUAAAAAGCCUGUUGCUUUUCGGCUUCAACUUUUGAUGUUUUGUUUUUGUUUCAUGUGUCUUUGUUUGUUCCUUUUUCUGUUUCUUUGAUUGUCUAUGCGAAUAACGGGUAUUGUUUUUGUAUUCAUUUUUAAAAGCGUGUUUCCCUUCAUGACAUUUGCAAAAAUGAUAUUUGUCAGGAAUACAUAACAAAAAGGCAAAGAAAGCCUACUAACCCCCCCCCCCAAAAAAAAAAACAAGUAAAAGAAAAUUUAAAAAAAUAAAAUAAAAUAAAGAAAGAAACAAAAAACGAUACUGUGAAAUAUUGGGUUGUGUAAAAGUCCAAAUCUGACUUGUGAACUCUAGAUAUGAAAAAAAGAGCAAAUUAUUUAAAAAAUGUAGUUUUUGCUUGUAAUUAAGGUUUAACGUAUUCAGAAAGGGUGCAAAAUAUUAGAAUACAGCCCAUUAGGAAUUUUUGAGCAAGUUUACAUUCGGGAAGGGUAAAAUCCCCAGAAGUUGAAAGAGACGCGACAGAAUAGUGAAGAUAAAAGAUGGAAGAUACCCACAUGAUUUUCCAAAAUAUGGACUCGAUUUCCGUCGGGGAACCCGACCAGGCUUAUGACAUUUACCGAACACGACAUUUAGCAACUUACAUCAUUUAUCACUACACAGCAUGUAAUGAUUCCUCAUUGUUGGCCUUAGAGGUGUGCAGGACGCGUGUCACAUUCGAAACUAAUAAAUGGCUCUGUUCAAUAAGGGUUGGUCCGUAACUAAGGGGGUAGAGCUUCUAAUGGGCAACUGGUUGGAAUCCCUCGAUCUUAGACUUGCAUUUUUCCAUUGUCACAUGCCCUUGAAAUUACAAUUAGACACGUUAAAAUAGGCCUUAGAAGUUAAAAAGAAGUCAGAAAUGCCUGUUCGUACAACAGUUUAAUGGCACUGAAAAAGGAAUAUAAAUUAUCCACUAUUUUACAUGGCUAUGCACUUAAGAUCUCUUUUUCCGUAGAUGUUAACAAUGAGCUUUAAUCCUUACACCUGGGACAACAGCAGCUCGGCGAUCCAGUCAAGUGUCACCAGUCUUGAACUCCAAAGCAACAAUGGGACAAAAACUAACAUUUCAAACCUUGAUGAAGACAUCGUAAUAGUGAUUCCAAUUUUAAGCCCAUCAAAGGGCAAUGUAGACGAUAACUUUGUGCCAGAACAUUCCUUUCUGAAGCCAAACAAAAUGUCCGUCCGAAGUUAUCACGCGGAACUUGCAAAUGUUCCUGUGUCGAUUGAGAUGGUCGUCACAGAUAAAGGUGUCUUUGUUGUGGCAGUGUUAAUUAAAUUUGGUUCCAGGCCUGAUAUUGGCAACUUCGAUCACAAUUUCACCAACACGUUUAAGUCAAACUGUGAAAACAAAACAGAAGGCAAACAGAACGAAGGAUCCUGUUCUUCAGAGGAGACUUCUAUGAUAGUAGUGCCACCAAAACAAGGCUUAAUUUAUGUGGGGAUUUUUCUUCUUGGGGCUGCUAACACUGGCGAACACUCCAGAGAAAGAAGAUCCUGCUUCGGCCAUGGUCGACAAAGGCGCUCCUGUGUUGGCUUCAAGGAUCCACCCCCAAACGGCGUCACGACAACGGUUAUUCCCCAGUACGACCCGUCCACAGAUGUUAACUAUACCAUAAAGAUAACCCAAUCAAGCUGUUUAUAUUGGUCAGAAGAUAAAGACAAGUGGACAUCGGAUGGCUGCCAGGUAAAUCUAUUCCAAUUGUGAGAUUGAAAGUAAUAAAUUAAUGAUCUGUUUUCUUGAGAGUUACUCAGCUUGUCACGUUGAUCAGGUGGUGUCAAAACUAGAUUCAUCAAAAUCCUUGUGGAGUCACAGGCAUCCCAAGCUCAUGUUACGAGUGCGGAAUGUAAAUUUACUUUAUCGCAAAAGAGUCGGUUUUGCAUUACAGGCUACCGAUGAGACGUUGUAUGAGAAAGUUUUUAUGAGAAAUAAAAUACUGAGGUCUGCGAACGCUAAAUAUCGUAAUAUUUUACUUUUUGUUCUAUAAAAAAAAAAAGGAGACUUGCCUUUGACAUAUUCCUGUGUUUUUUUUGGUGAGAAUUCAUCGGUUUAGUCCUUUCUUUGGCUGUUCUUGUGUGACCUCUGUAACUCCCAUCAUAAUAUGGACGCCCGUGUUGGUGGAGUUUGAAACUAUUAUUAAAUGCCCUUGUACCUGAAAAAGUGCACCUCCUGUUGAACCCUCCUAAAUUUGAAAUCCUUUGCCUCCAGUUUAACAGAUAUUUUAAAAAGAAGCUAUUUCACGCUAUUUGCUAUUCUUUUAAAAAGCUGAAACUUGUGUUCGUAUUAAUUGAAUUGCAACAAUAAUGGUCCAGUUUUUCUUCUUUAAAGCUAUAUUAAGGCAUUUCUUGUUGUCUGCUACAACAGAUGUCAAGGAUGGACAUGGAUUAAAACUGAUAAAGUUGGGCCAGCUUUUUUCAAUUUCUACUGGUAUGCUUCAGGCUGCCGAAAAAAAAAUAAAAUAAAAAUAAACAAAAAAAUACACAAUGCUUACUGAUGAAAUUUGCUUUACAUGUUUUUGGUGUCUCUUACGGAACAUUUUGUUUGUGGGUAAGUGCACAAAGUAAUGACUUCGGAACAGAACAUCGGCCUAAAAAGCCGCAAUAUAUUAUCUUGGUGACAUAGCCCCUUUGAGUACACCAUAAUCCAUUACAUUACACUCCCUAAACAAUAGCAUACGAAAAACCAUACAUAUAUUUACUAGCACUUUCUCGUUUUUGCUAAUAACAAUUAAACGUUUUUACUUUUGUAGGUUGAUUCCGAGACAAACACAUCCCAUCUCGUUUGCCGUUGCAAUCACCUUACCUCCUUCGGGGGUAACUUUAUUCAGGCGCCCAACCCAAUAGACUUUGAUAAAGUUUUCACUGAGUUUCUGAACAUUUCUGAGAGUGGAAACAUUUCGGUACUGGUGACCAUUGUUUGCGCCAUUCUUUUCUACAUUCUUGCAAUAGUAUUUGCAUGGAAAGCGGAUAAAAGAGAUGAAAACAAGGCGAGUAGCAAGUAAAUUUUAUUCCCUUACUUUCGUUCCUAUUUGUUAUGCUUAUAUGUGCAUGUAGAAGGAAAAAUAGAAAUAAAAUAGCGGUUGCAACUAUACAGCUAAUGAGCCCGUGAGGGGGAGGAGAUCAACACAGUUUUAUACGGGGAGGCUCCACCGCGCGGUCUUCCCCGCACCCUUUUAUAUACCGUUCUUGCCUUCCAUUGACAAAUGAUAUCUCUUUCACAUACUUAGUUUAAAAGUUGUUUUUUCUCUCUUUAACUGGUGCAAAUGAACCUUCUUUAAGAUAUGAAUAAAUCACUAAACUAAAACGUUUUCUCUCCUUUUUCACAGCCAUAAAAUGCACCUGUUAGCCCCUUUGGGCCUUUCUGCAGACCAAAAUGACAGAUUUCCCUGGCCUUUCAUAUACCUCAGCUAGAUAAAUCUCUACUCAUAUGUAUACCUGAAGAAUGAAAACGUUACCCGUUCCGCGGGGAGCCUCCCCGUAUUGGCCAUAACAUGGAGUACCCCCAUAGGAAUCUUGAGUCCUUGAAACACUCGUGUAUUUGAAUAAGGCACAAAAGCAUCAUUUUUGUGCUUACAAAUGCCUGCACUGUUAUUUUCACUUGCCGAUGUUGUCGAGUCUAACAGUUUUCAUACAUAUUUACAUUGCCUUCAUGUUAACUUACAAGGUUCUUAUUGCCUUUGAAUUUUAGAUGUGUCCUCCAAAGUAUGUUACCAUCGUUGAUGACGGAACCUAUUAUUACGACAUGGUAAUUUGCACAGGUGUUUGGAAAAAUUCAGGGACAACAGCAAACGUGACAAUCAGUAUUAAAGGUGAAAUAGACGAGUACAGUCACAUUCCAUUGCGUAGUAAAGACGAAUCAAGAGAACUGUUUGCGAGAGGGAGCAUAGAUGGAUUCGUUUUGAUCACUAAUGAAUCGCUGGGGCCUUUAAAGGAAGUAACUUUAGAACAUGACAACGCACAAGACAAUCCGUCUUGGUUUGUGGAAACAGUAUUAAUUAGAGAUAGGCAAACCGAGGAACAGUGGACCUUUCCGUUAAAUAGGUGGCUCGCAGUAGAAAAAGGUGACGGCUUAAUAGAAGCAACUGCAAACCAUGGAAUCGAGAGUCCCUUUACAGAUCAAGUACGCACCCGUUUUGGAAGAAAAAUUGCAGAUAGUCAUCUGUGGAUAUCUGUGUUUGGUAAGGCCCCUAACAGCACGUUUACACGAGUGCAAAGAGCAUCGUGCUGCCUCUCAGUUCUUUUCAGCGCUAUGAUUGCCAAUGCUAUGUUCUACGAUAUUGGCGGAGAAUCUGAAGGUACUAUUUACGUUGGACCGUUUAAGGUUUCCUGGCGACAGGUCGUCGUUGGCGUGCAAAGUGGAUUAAUAGUUGCACCUGUUAACAUUGUCAUUGUCUUACUGUUUAAUUCAAGCAAACCAAGGAGUGUCAAAGCAGACAGCUACAACGAAACAGAUGAUGUCCAGCAGCUCAUCGAUCAAGUGAAAGACGCAGGCUGCAUGUUACCUUACUAUUGCGUGUACCUGGCAUGGUUUCUUUGUUUCGCCACAACAAUUACAGCAGGGACUUUCACUUUAUUUUACAGCUUAAUGUGGGGAAAAGAAGUGGCAGAGCAAUGGCUUGCGUCUAUUUUGAUCUCAAAUGGUCAGGAAAUCUUUAUUUUGGAACCGGGGAAAGUAAUGUUGGCUGUUGUGGUUAUUUCCUUGCUUGCGACAAGAAGCAAGGAAAACAGUAAAGAAUUUGAGGCAUCGAGUACAGAUGUUUGUUUAAAUGAGAUCGAUUUAAUUUGUGAUAACCCUAAAGAGUGCUACAAACAAGGUCAGCUAGACGUCAUGCGCGAAAGAGCCAAAAAGGAAGAAAAGUUGGCAAGCGUAAUGAAGGAAAUUGUUGUACAUUUAAUAUUUGUGUUUCUGUUGGCGAUGGUCUGCUAUGGAAACAAAAAUAGUCAUCGCUUCAUGAUGUCAACCACACUAUUGAAACCAUUCCCAAAGUUUGAUAAGGUGAGCAUCUGUGGUUUUACCAUUCAUAACGGAUUUGUUUACUUUAAUUUGUAACCACUUAUGAUUAUUAGCAUAGUUCUAGUUUUGAACCACCAAUAUAGAUAUGGUAUGGCCGAGAGUAGUCUGUAUACGCACGGCUGUGCGUAUAGGAGGUGACAUUUUCGGUUGUGUUUCCAGAAAAUGGGUUUCUGCCUCCUGCUUUUGAGUCUCCUGAUAAAGGAGGGAAAUAAGUAAGUACUUUGUAACAUUUUUUGAAUCAAUUUUCUGGCAAGUCAAACGAGGAGCAAAGGCGGUGGAAAUUAACCAGUCCACCGUUUCAAGAGCUUAGCAGAGCCCGUUAAUUUUGGCAGAAUCCAAUGAGGGCUUUUAACUUCCUCGUGGCAAGUGAUCCACUACAAACGAUAGUUUUACGUCCCUGUGGCGAGUGUGCAAGAACCAACGAUUUUUAGGUAUUUUAGGUCUGUGAGAACCAUCCAUUGGUACGCGUAUAGGUUUUUUAAAUUUCUUUAGCCGCUUGAAUUCAAGCAGAAAAUACGCAGCAAAUUAUCUGGGGCGGAAAACAUCCCUUAAAUUAGACAAAUCACGCAAUAGCUAAAACAUCAAACAAUUUCAGCACUUUUUGGACCAAUUGCAUUAAGGUAAUCUCAAGAAGUCUUGUGGCCGGUACGCCUUCCUCCAUUGUUCGCAAAGAAGUUUAGGGUAAUAUGACAAACUGUAACGUCUUCGCCAUUAGAACAAAAGCAAGUUUCCUGGAUUUCCCCGACCGCAAUGUGACGAGCAUAUUUAUUUAACAUUUAGCUCUGUGUGGGCUUUAAAACUCUCUCGUCCUCGUCAACGUUGCUAUUGAUAGUUGACGAUAUCGGUUCAUACUUUCAGCUUUUGGUUUGUCGUGUUUAGGAUGAGAAAGCACAUGAGAUUUUAUAUAACUUAACAACCCUUUCAGAAUCACAGCUUUCUGUUCCAGUAGAGAUGAGAAUUGAUGCGUUGUGGUUUCACUUCAUUUGAGCAGCUUGCUUUUUAUUUCAGGUGACUGGAACGUUGAAGCUGAGGUGGUGGAUAGGGCAUGACUUUCUGCCAAAGUUUUACAGCCAACAAUGGUACAAUGGACUUAAAGACAGUGAAAAUAUAUACAUCGAGAACAAGAUGUCCAUAUUAGUCGGUAUGCCAUGGAUGCGGCAGUUGAGAGUCAAAAAAAGUGAGCACCUGUUUGUUUGUUAUGCAAAAUAGCUGUUGUUGCUUUUGCCUUGCAAACAUUUCCUUGAAAUAUAAAUCUCGAGGCCUUUUUGCGUCCUAGGAUGUCUCGGGAGAAGGUAAAAGAAAGCUGGCGGAAAAAGAUGUGAAGAGGAAAGAGAAGAAGAAACGCUUUCGUCUUCUCCCUCUUUCCGCCUUCAACCACAGGCGUAGAAUUUUCUAAUAAAUAUUUUUAUGUCAUUGGAAAACUCAGCGGGAGCCUUUACUGUGGAGAGAAAAGUUAUUCUAUGAGCCACUUCUGUCAUUGUUGAUAUCGCUAAGGCUAUGUACAUGUAGCUCACAUGCAAUAGAAAUAUUAAAAUUACUGUUAUUUUUCUUUUAAAAUAGAAAAAAAAAUUGUUCUUCAUUUAAGGUCCCUGUAAGUCGCUCCUUCAGUUUAUUCCAGACUGUUACUAUGACUACUGCACUGCACUUGAAGACACCACGCCACUGAGUCUUCCAGGAUGGGAGCCAAUACCCUUGAAUACUUCAUGGCCAAGAGCCCUUCAGCUAUGCCCAAAGCCUUGGCGUUACCGAACUGGUAAAGAACUGGACAAUGGCCGGAUAAGAGGAACUUACAAUACCUACGACGGAGGCGGCUAUGUUGCUCUCAUGGGAUAUGACUUUGAAACUGCCCAGGCUGUUCUAAGCGAGACUUUUGGUCAUGGAUGGGUUGAUCGAAAAACACGAGCGGUGAUCCUGGAGUUCGCAGUGUUCAACGUCAAUACAAAUCUCCUUAGCAUCGCUACGUAUUUUCACGAGGUUCUUGCCACCGGCGUUGCGUUCACAACAAGGAGGGUCGAGACCAUCGAGUUGUUCACCACAGAACAAGGGGCUGUUAUAUUCUACCAUAUUUGCCAGUUUCUUUUCAUGACUAUGGUUUUUUAUCACUUUAUCAUGUUGCUGUAUCACCUUUACCAAAGCCGUUUUGAUUUCUUUAAAUCAGUUUGGAAUAUGGUCGACUUUUUAAUGAUCAUAUCCUCUGUAGCGUCAGUGGCGUUCUAUAUGGUCAAAUCAAAGACUGUUCUAAAUAAUAUCAAAUCCAUCCAGAAUAAUCCUUAUUAUCUUGUGCAUUUCCACGCCGCCUUGCAUUGGGCAAACUUGGAAAAUUCUGCAAUUGCUAUUGCCAUAUUCAUGGUGACGAUUAAGCUUCUGAAUCUAAUUCGCUUUAAUCCUUACGUCAUUUACUUUUUUUCGUCUUUCCGUCAGUCGGUAGCCUAUCAGCUGUCGUACCUUUUUAUUUUCCUGCUAAUGUUUCAUGGCUUUGUUAUAUCAGGAAGACAGUUUUUUGGCGACACAGUCCGUGAAUACUCUAGUUACCUGCAGGCAGUUAUAUCUCAGUUCGAAUUUCUUUUGGGAAAAGCUGUUCCACUUGAUGAUUUGCGACGUGAGCACCCAGUUUUAGGCCCCUCGUUUGUUUUCGUAUACAUGUUAACAAUGACGAUCGUUCUCAUGAAUAUGAUAGUUUCUGUUCUAAACGAGUCCUAUAUCGAUGCCAAAACUUACGUAGAGGAAAGUGCUGAAGAUCUUGAAAUGGCACGUUUUAUAGCGCAAAGAUUUGAGGAACUGCUAAGAGGCAACAAGAAGCGACCAGAGUUCAAGUUAUACUGUGAUGAAGCAACAUUCAUGAACAUGUGCCAGUCGGAAGCCGAGCCGAACUGUUUAAAUUCUGAAACCAUUUUCAAGUGUACAGAGGAGAGACUAGAAAAGGUCGAGAAAAGACUCUCGGCCCUCAUUCGAGGCUCAGAAAAGAUGAAUGCUGACAAUGAACGAGAGGAAGCGGACUUUCUUAAGCUCCUCAAUAUUUUGGCCACUUUUAACAAAAGUGGACCAAUCUCGAGUAAAUCUCCAUGUUAAUUGACGUGAAAUGUUCCAAGGUAUUAAUCUGAAGGAACUCGCUGUCACUAACAGUUUUUUCCUAAGGAAGUCUUUCAGUGAAAGAGACUUGCAUGGAGUGCUGCAGAUGAAGUGAAUAUGGGAGGGUAUUGGCAAGAAUUCAUAUCAUUAAUCAUUUCCAUAUUUUUGAAGUAAGUAAAAGUGAUUCCCCGACUAAAAAGCACAGUGUAUUACGCACUUCGAAUUAAAUCGUAAGUGCUUUCUCCGAGAUACUUCAACCUUUUCCGAUCACCAAGACUAGUAACUGGCCAGUGAUACUGGUUUAUUUAAAUUACUUUUACCGCUAAAAGAGUUUGGUAGUUUUACAACUUCGAUUAAUAGCCUUAAUAAAGAUCGGUGUCAUUCAAAUAAAAUGUCCGUUGCUGUUGCAUUGUUCCAUUCCCUGCUACUAGAUUAACUCUGUUCAGACUUAGAGGGGGGGUGUUGGGGACGGUUAAGGUCACACGAAACGUUAAAGUUGACUAGCGUAAAAACAAUCAAGCUACGAUCAGAAAACUUAGCUACUUUCCCUAAAUUUAUCUGGUAACGUUUUAAAAUCGUGAUGUACGUUAACGUUACCUUUGCAACCGAGUUUUGAUUGCCCUGUUAAGCAAGAUUUGUAUGUACCUCCAAAACGACGUUUUUAAAAUAUCUCUGAUUGAAUUACAGUAUUAAAUUACAGUUUAAUAUUACUUUAGCAAAUCUAUUAAAGUGUUAAUGUUAUGUAGAUUUUUUUUUAGAAAACUGACAUGCAUGUUAAAUGACCAAAUGACAGAUGUUAAGUCCAGUUUACUACCAUAUUCAUUUCUCUCUGAACAGGCCUUUUGUAACCAAUAUACAUAAAAGUUUUGACAAAAACUGUAUAUAAUUUACAGAAAUUUGCUCUUUCUGUUCCCAUUUUCCAAAGUGCACUGUGUUCGUGCUUCCGGAAAUAUGAACACGUGACUAGCUAUUGCGAGAGGCCAUUAUUGGCAGAAUUUCGACACUAAGAUUUUUAAAACCAUCGUUACUCAAGAGAAUUCAUCGUUGCUGCAGGCUGAUUUAAGGAAUCUCGCCUCCUGGUCAUCUUCUAUUGGCCUAGCCCUUACUGAAUCUGAAUGUAAACUGUAACGGAUAACUAGAAAGCUCAGGCCUGUAAUUACCAGCGAUGAAUUGAAUGAGCAUGCCCUUGGAAUCUCCACUGUGGAAAAAGACCUAGGUGUUGUCAUUUCUGACAACCUCUCGUGGGACAAACAGGUUUUUGCGGUCUGUUCAAAGUCUAACAGGAUGCCAGGUUUCGUCCGGCGCAACAUCAGGUGUAUUAAGAACGUGUCUGUAAGACGAUCCAUUUAUUUAACGUUAGUGAGGUCCCACUUUAGGUAAGCAACACAAGUGUUGGCCCCUCAAUCGAUUGAACUGGUUUGCAAGAUGGAGCGGAUUCAGCGACGAGCUUCAAAAUACAUCCUCAAUCUUCUAUUUCAUUGUCAACAAUCAUAUAAGGAUAGGCUUAUUCAAUUAAACCUGCUUCCCCUGACAUACUGGCACGAAUAUCUUGACGUUAACUGGGCGUGUUGAAAUUAAUCCAACUGUAAUUUGACUGUAGUUACUCCUCGGAUAUGCGCUCCAAAAGAAACCCUAGAUUUACUAGCAAUCCUGAUAUCACUUUGUUUUUAAUCAGGUCCUGUAAAACAACAAUCUUUCAAAAAUCGUUCUUUAACAGAACUAGUAGCAUAUGGAAUGCCCUUGCGGCAGACCUUGCACUAUUCUGUAUUUGUUCUUUAAGUUCUUUUAAAACUGCCCUUUACGGAAUUACAAAAACAAGUUCUUGUCGUUUCCUACAACCUUGAUGACCCUCUCUCUUUCAAAUCUAUAUGCUUGACCUGUAAUGCUCCCCAUAAUUUAGGACGGAACAUCACCUGUUGUUUUUAGAUAGUAUUGUAGUUUUUAAUUUUUUUUAGCGAUCAGUGUCUUGGGCCGGCAGUAAUUGGCGUUCGCUAUUGCUGUGUCCCGGCACUUUACUCCUGUGAAUAUAUGUACCUUUUUUGUUUUUUUUGAAUGUGUUUUUUUUUUGAUGUAGUGUCACUCAUCGUAUUGUUUGGCUAAGUUAGUGAAAAAAAAAUUGGGCUGCUUAAGCAUACACAAAUCAAAUUUUAUAUCACAAUUACCUCCCUUUUUCGGAUUUAAAGCAAAAUAGAAAUAUCCUCUGUGGUUUUCGUUCGUGUGUUGUUUACAUGUUUGUAUGUGCGGGCUGUAAUACCUGCUACAUCGGAGAAACGACCCGGCAUUUUCCACAACCGUACGAGGUGAGCAUUUGACCUCUGAUAGGGCCUUACACUUAUUCAAACACCUGCAAGACUCUAAGAAAUUUCAAGGUUUAUGUUGUGGUUGGGUUCCCUGUUUUCUUGUUGCCCUCCCUUUUAGAUCACGUGAUGAGUUUUCUUGUUGUACGAAGUUACUCGAUCUAUCAUAUUGGAGCGUUUCACACGAAGUAACAACGUUUUAACGCUUGAUAACGUAUAUACAUAUCCUUGUUUGUACGGAUUGGUUGGUCUUGUCCGACGUAUAUGUAUCCUUGUUUGUACAGAUUGGGUUGUUUUGUCCAAAUAAAGCGUUAACGCCAGUUUACGAGUGGAUUUGCACCUUACAGUUUAUGUUUACCCUAAUAUAUUUCACAGGACUAAAUAUCUUAGAUUAUACUGUUAAAGUUUUCUUUCCUAUUAAGCAUUCUAUAGUCGUGGAAAGUUAUGAGUAGAUUAUUACUUAUAUAUUUUGUGGCCGUAUCAUAAACGGUUAAAGAGUUAUAGAGGGGGACCUCUGACUCCUCCUCUAAAGCGCCAGAGCGUAAUAGAGUUAAAAUAGCUGUCUUUCGUUUUGACAUUCUUUCAUGUGAUUAGACUGGUGACAAUUUUCAACAGUGUAAGCUUCAUGGAAUAUAAAACUCUUUGUUCAAACGAGGUACUUUCGAAGUUGCUUCUAGAUCAGUAUUUCUUCUGUUACCUAGGGUUUUCAGAAAAGCAGAAAAUUGCCAUCUAUCCAACUGUGUCUCCCCAUUGAUAUAUUCAAGAGAACGACGUAAAAGAUCUUGUACACGAUCUCCAGAGUGCAUAACCUUUUAAGCACAUAAAAUCGUCACCGUUACUACCACCUUUUCAGGACUACACCCACACAGAACAAGAAACCCUUCUGAUGGCAUGAUUUCUGUUGGCUUUUUUUCUAUUUAUUAUUCUCGUUAGGUUUUUUGUGAAACAAUGCGGAGGCAAAUGUAACUUUUGUUACUUUGCAAGCAGGGUAGCUAUUGGCAGAAGGAAAUGCCUUGUGAAAAUCCAUCAGAAGCUUAUUUAUUGAUUUUGGCGCUUUUGCCUUAACGUUUUGAUACUCCAUGAGCAUAAUGUUAACGAGACCUCUUUGGCUAAUGUGAAAUGCAUCCUCAUCAUUCGAGUUUUCCACAGCCUCUUCUAGAGGUGCUCAGAAACUAUGCAGUAUAUGGGGUCAAAUUUCCAGAGAUCACAAUUGGUGCUUUGUAUGCUCUUUCAAUAUUUAAUAGCCUGAUCGGGGGAACGAUUAGCAUGUAUUUAUAUGGCAAAAAGUGUGAAAAAAAUAUUUUCCUAUACAGAGAAUUAGUUGUUAUGAUACGCUACCGUGAAAUGACUGGUUGGAAUUUUUAAUGUCGUAGUCAUAGUAAAUCUCCCACUCAUAUUCAUAAACUCAGGUUGCUAUUACUAAUAGCACUAAAAGGUCUUGCUUGUAAGAUUGCCUUGCUUCCAAGGCAUAAAACCAAGGCAUAAAAACACACCGCUACGCCACACCUACCAAGUCAGAAGUGAAGUGACUCACCCGUAAUUAGUCCUAAGACCAAUUCCAUUUAUUUUCAAUUCUUUUUACUCACUGGGCAAGUUCUCCAGGCUUCUUUGAACUUGCCCCUUAUUGUGACCCCCGGCCACGUUCCAAAAUAAUUAAAAAGAAAAUUCAAGUCCAAUAACUUGUAAAUCCACCCAAUCGACCGUGAAAUUUAUGUCAUUACAAAGAAGGUACAGAAAAGUCCCGUUGUGAAAAGAUGGAGAAAUUGUAAAAAUAUCAUAACAGUUUAUGAAGAAAACUUAAACGAAAUUAAAGUGCUGUUUAUUGUGUACCGGUAAACUUUGAUUACACUAAGAGAUUAUCCUUUUUUCUUUGAUUUACCCAGCUAAACCCUCAGAAAUUAUUUCUCAAGGUCAAGAUCGAUCGAAUAAUCGCGACAGAGCUUAUGUGAUUAACGUGGCUGGUAAAUGACUGACAUGCCCGAUACCUAUUUGAUUUAUGAAUUAACUUCACUAUGAGGUGAUAACAUCUAUGGCAUUUCAACAAAAGCGACAAUAAGCCCGCAUGGUGCGUGACAUGUACAAUGGUAUAGAUCAAGCAGUUGUCUCCAGACUAUUUUUGGUGUAUAGUGAACGUUUCCAAAGCAUUUUUGCUUAGCUGCAUCAGCUUACGGCACAGUCCCUAAUAACAUGGGCAAAUCUAAAUGUUUAAUUCAUUAAAUUUACGCAAUUUCCCUUAUAACAGAUAUACAAUUUAAAUAUUAAUCCAGUUUGUUAGACGUUUUGUCGAAUGUUUGUAUUUGACUCCAAAAUUGGUUUGAAGAGAAUGUAGCAAUGUAACAAACAGCGCAAAGCCUUUUUUGCAAUAUAGUUGUAAUGACCCAAAGCUUUACAAAUGGGUCACAUAACUUCUAUUUUUUCGGGACUCAUAAAAAUUGUAAAGUCGCAGCAAUUUGCGUACACGUUGCUAUUUAUUUACUAAUUCUCAUCCUUUAGCCAAAUUUAAAUCAAUAAUCCUUUCUGAAAACAUCCAAAACAAUGCACAAAACGGAUUAUUCUAGACAGAUAUCAACAAGUUCUGUUUUCAAAAUAUGGUUUUGUUCUGGGGGUAAUGUCCUGGAGACCCAUCGGUUAACUAAUAACUUUGGAGAGUCAUUUCAAAUAUUUAUGUGUAUGGUCAUUAUCCAAAGGGAGCUAUAGCCAGCCCAGUGCUCUUCGACGUCCAAACAUAUAGAAAAAUGCUUUAACUUCGCCAGGAACAGUAGGCCAACAAUUUAUUUUACGACAACUUAUUCCGAAUUGUCGAAAUAACUUAUGAGGUAAGUCCAUGAAAACAUGUAAUUUGUUUUUAAGCUGCAUGACCCUUGUUCCGUUUAAAUGAUAUUGGAAAGUGCGUCGUAAUAUUCUGAAUCAUUUUUGCAAAGAUAUUCGUUAUCUUUUUUUCAAGACAAGUUAGCUUUUAUAAGACAACCAGCACCAGCAAGUGAUCCUUGUUUACUUAGACUGGGAGCAAGGCCCCAUACAUUUUCUUCAUCAUUCAGGACGUCUUUAGUUUUGUUACAGUUUUCUUAUAGCGCUAAAAUUUAUCUUAGAACGCACCUUAAAUGACUCACCACUCACUGACACACAAGUGCUCUAGAGAAUUAAGGGUUUCUGUUAAUUUUCUCAGUGAACUGGAUCCCUGUUAAGAUCACCACCUCCAGGCGAUGAAAAUGUGGAUCUCAAAGUGAGUACCACUUAGAAUUUUUAAACUUCAUAAUACUGGGUAUCAAUCAAUUUCAGAUACAGGCGAGCGCACGCACUUGGGGAAAAUCAUUGAAACUGAAUACUUUUAAACAUAAGAGACUUUCCAAAACCGCGUCAAUAUUCGCGAAACUUCUGUUAAACAACGAAAUAUUAUACAUAUUACUUGAUCGUUUGUUCGAAUGGUCAGGUAAGCUGUAAGUGGGUUACUGGAGAGGUGGUCGUUGAUGGUAUAACGGGUGAAGUACAACUCUUGAAGGAAAGUAAUGAAAACUUUUGCGUUUCAAAAAAUUAACAGAUACAGCUUGGAUCACUAUUCCCAUGUAUCCUGUUUAUCUGUUGCUUUGGAGUGAAAAUUGUCUCUAGGCGGGUCGAAUGGAAAUCUUCAAGCCGAUAGGCUAACUACGCAAGUAACAAUUUUCCUUUAAAUGACGGCCAAAUUACAGUGCACUUGAAAUAUCUCAUGAAUAUUUAUUGGGUUAUGACCAAUCAUGUCAAAGAUCAGGACACGCAAACUGGCCACAAAACCACAAACUAAUUAACGUUCCUGCUUGCGGUUUCUCACGCCUGAUUGGCUUUUCUCUUGCAGGACAAUAACAUUCCAGAAAUAUUUCUGGUGUUCACGGUUUUCACUGUUUGACUGUAAUAGGUCUAAAGUUUUAGUGAUUAACAUCUUUCUUUUACAUUUUUGUUCACACAGAAUGAUGAUUUUGAUUGUUGGUUAUGUUAUGGCCUCGGCCCUUAGUGGAGGUGAGGCCUAUGCAGGUAAGUGGGACCGUUGUUUGCAUUCGAUUGGACGAAUCUAUUUAUAGAAAUGCUAUCCCUGAAAAUCGCUGUAAACUAUGAUGGAAAAACAGUACUGAGUCUCUGCGUUUUAGAAACUUCCAGUUGUUGCUUUAUAUUUUGUGUUUGGGUUGCCUGUGAUGUAAUUUGCAUGUCUUAAGUACUCUUAAGGUAAGUCAAAGAGAUCUGGAUCUAUGUAAAUAAGGGUGGGCUCCUUUUUUGCGCCCACGUUUACGCUCCCACGGCGUCUUAAUUGUUUUGUUUUUGCCAGGAGAACGCGGUAAAGCCAGUCUGACUGGUAUUGAUACAGUGUAGUAAGUAGUCUACCUACAGCAAGAUAAGCCCCGUUUUGGGACAGCUCAGGAUGGUUUUGGGAUAGCUAACAGUGGGGAUAGUCGAUGACGUCACUUCAUUACUAAAACCUAUCCCUUUAUCAAAAUUCAUAAGUGUCUAGUAAGUAGAUAGUCAUUUCUCUUCGAAUGUAAGAAUGUUUUGCAAAAGUACAGUUACUUGCACAUAAAAAGAAAACAACUAUCCACUAAUUAUAAAUGAAGGAACGCAUUUUACCUUUACCAAAAUAGUAUGCAGGAAGACAAUUUUACCUAGGCACUUAAUUAACAGUUGAAAAGAAAUGACUAUCCACUUACUAGACACUUAUGAAUUUUGAUAAAGGGUUAGAUUUUAGUAUUGUGGUGACGUCAUCGACUAUCCCUACCAUUAGCUAUUCCAAAACUGGGCUUCGCCUCAUCAAAUUCAAUAGCGCGAGCGUGCUCCAUAUUCCCAUUGAGCACGCUGAUUACGUCAACAAACUAAUAACUGGAGUUCUUGUGAGCUUAGCAAUCCAUGGCCAGUCCCAAGUACAUCUAUAACUCAACAGUACACGAGGAAACGUAUACAAAGUGUUUGGCAUUUACUUCGUGUACCGUACACAGAUGAAGUAAAACAGAGGAACAAAAACCAUCAAACAAUACCAAGUAGAUUAUUCCCUGAACAGAAUAAAGGGAUCUUUUGUUUUAUGUCAUCUGUGUCCGGUACACGAAGUAGAGAACCAAGUGUUUUAUAAUGUAAUCUAAAGACUAAGGCUUUUGAAUUUGUUGGGGAGUGAGAUGAGUGUUGUUGUUGUUGUUGUUGUCAUCUGCGCGAGCUAUAGAGUGUGCAAAU